CUCUCUCUCUCUCUCUCUCUCGCUCACUCGUCCUGCUCAGGCACUGCAGUAGCAGAAGAAUCCAGGGUCUGCUUCGUUUGCUGAGGAACAUGGCAGAGCCGAAUGACAGAGGACAGAGACACAGCACACAGCACCACUGAGACAGGGUAACAGACGACAGCAAGAGGAACCUAAAAAGGGGACAAAAAGGAAGGACAGAUACAACAAGGAUAUUGCCAGAAAAAAACAAAAGAACAUCUUUGAGCAUCUCUGGAACGAGGAGUGCCGUGGAGAUCUUGGAGGAAGGGACUGGCUUGUGAUCCCCACGCAUCGCUGCUCCAGCUCCUCCCACUCCCCAGCACAGCUUCAAUUGCCAAGGCUACAGUACAUCUGGAGGACCAGCUUCUCCUGAGCGGAAGCCAGUCCUGAGCUACUGCGCUGGCAUCUGCUGUCUUAUGCUCCCCCCCUCCCCUGCACCCCCCACCCCUCCAUCAGCUAACCUUGCACUGAGUAACCUAUCAGGCUUUUCUGAAAAAAAGAAACACAAUAACAACAAAGGAAUUUGCAAGGCGUCCGCGGGGCCUCAGUCUCGCUGAUUUUUUGCAUCUCCUAGCCGGGCUCUUUAGGAAUGGCCAUGUCUGCGGCAAUGCACCGUGACUGCAGGGGCGGUGACGAAGGCAGGCAGGGAUGAGGACACAGCGGUGCCUGUCCAGAGGUCUUUAAGCAUCGCUGCUGCUGCUACUACUGCUGAGCUGGACAAGCAGGUGGCCAAGAAGAUGCUCAUGACGCGUGACACCGCCCGGGACGAGGCGCAGAAGCUGCACAGGAAGUGGCAGAAGCACCAGGCCUUCAUGGCCGAGCUCGCCCAGAACAAAGAGUGGCUGCAGAAGAUCGAGAAGGAGGGCCAGCAGCUGAUCCAGGAGAAGCCGGAGCUUAGCUCCAUCGUGCAGAGGAAGCUGGAGGAGAUUCGAGAGUGCUGGCUGGAUCUGGAGAGCAGCACCCAGGCUAAAGCCCAUCAGCUCUUUGAGGCUAACAAGGCCGACCUGGUGCAGGGCUACACACACCUGGAUGGCCAGCUCUCCCAGGUGAGCCAGGGCCGGGACCUGGUCACUGUUAACAGGCAGCUCAGGAAGCUACAGACUAUGGAGUCACCAAUGGAGGGGUUGUAUAAGGAGAUGGGGGACCUGCACAUGCAGGGGACCUCUGUUCCCCAGCGGACCCUGAUUGGGGAUGACCCAAGCGACAAGCAGGCCGUGGUGGAGACGCGCAUCGUCCGUCUCAUUGAACCCCUCAAGGAGCGCCGGCGAAUCCUGCUGGCCACCAAGGAGGUGCACCAAGUUACCCGGGACCUGGAGGACGAGAUUCUGUGGGUUCAGGAGCGCCUCCCGAUGGCCACUUGUAAGGACCCUGGAAACACUUUGGCAGCUGUACAGCUGUUCAUGCAGAAGAAUGAGAGCCUCCAGCGGGACCUGCAUGGACGGCAGCCCCGGAUAGAGGACGUGAUGGACCGGGCGGCGCUCAUCGCUUCCAUACGGAGCCCCGAGGCGGACUUUGUGCGGGAGGGCCUUGAGCGCCUGCGGCACCUGUGGGGCACCCUGUGUCUGGAGACGGAGCGCAGGCAGAUCAUGCUGGACACCAUCCAUCAGGCCCAGCAGUACUACAGCAGCGUGGCUGAGGUGGAGGCCUGGCUGUGCGAGCGGGAGCGGCUAAUGAUGAACGAGGACAAAGGCAAGGAUGAGGCCAGUACCCUGGAGCUGCUGAAGAAACACCUGGUGGUAGAGCAGACCAUCGAGGACUAUGCUGAGAGGAUAGGCUUGCUUUCCCAGCACUGCAGACAGCUCCUGGAACUAGGCCACCCAGACAGUGAGCAGAUCAGCAAGCAGCAAUCACAGGUUGACCGCCUGUAUGUCAGCUUGAAGGACAUGGUGGAAGAGAGGAAGUCUAAGCUGGAGCAGCAGUACUGGUUGUACCAGCUCAGCCGGGAGGUGGAGGACCUGGAGCAGUGGAUCUCUGAGCGUGAAGUGGUGGCCAGCUCCCAUGAGCUCGGGCAGGAUCUAGAGCAUGUCACGAUGCUCCAGGAGAAGUUCACCGAGUUCUCCUCAGAGACCCGCUCAUUGGGGCAGGAGCGGGUGACGGCCGUCAACAAGAUGGUGGACGAGCUGAUUGAUUAUGGGCACGUGGACGCGGCCACCAUUGCCGAGUGGAAGGACGGUCUGAGCGAGGCCUGGGCCGACCUGCUGGAGAUGAUGGAGACCCGGGGGCAGAUGCUUGCUGCCUCCCACCAGCUGCACAAAUUUUUCGCCAACUGCCGAGAGGUGUUGGUGCAGAUUGAGGAGAAGAAGAGGCGGCUGUCGGAGCUGCAGGCGUGUCAGGCAGGAAGUGCAAACACCAGCACCUUACAGAGGCUCAUGCACACCUUUGAGCACGACAUCCAGCUGCUCGUCACGCAGGUGAGGCAGCUGCAGGAGAGCGCCAGCCAGCUCAGGACUGUGUAUGCGGGGGAGAAGGCCGAAGCCAUCGCUCUGAAGGAGCAGGAAAUGAUGCAGGCGUGGGCGGAGCUGCUGACCAUCUGUGAUGAGAGCCGUGUGCAAAUCACUACGGUGUCGGACAAACUCCGCUUCUUCAGCAUGGUGCGCGACUUGAGCCUGUGGAUGGAUGGCCUCAUCUGCCAGAUCGGGACAGGAGAGACGCCACGGGAUGUGUCGUCAGUGGAGGUACUGAUGAACUACCACCAGAGCCUGAAGAGUGACAUUGAAGCGCGGAACAAGAGCGUGAUGCAGUGCAUGGAGCUGGGCAAGACCCUGCUGGCAGCCCGAAACCCUGCGGCUGAGGAGGUUAAGGAGAAGCUAGAUAAGCUCAUGGCCAAGCAGAAGGAGCUGUCUGACAAAUGGGACAAGCAGUGGGAGGAGCUACAGCACAUGCUGGAGGAGCACCAGUACUCCCAGGAUGCAGUGGUGGCGGAGGCCUGGCUCACUGGCCAGGAGCCCUUCAUCAGCAGGAAGGAAGUGGGUGGCGGCGUGGAUGAUGUGGAGCAGCUGAUUCGCAGGCACGAGGCAUUCCGGAAGGCCGCUGCCACUUGGGAGGAGCACUUCAGCUCACUGCGUCGGCUCAACACUGUAGAGAAGCUGACAGCCAAGCAGAGCAGUUUUCCUUCUACACCCCUGCUGGGUCGAAAGGUGUUUCUGGACCCCCAGGAAACCUCCCCGAUUCGGAGGCCCACCUCAUCACUGCUGCGGCAAACCAUCUAUGAGCAGGUGGAGCCCAAGCCAAGACAGGUGCCCCUGCGCACGUCCUCGGUCGCCCAGCGCCUGGGCUCCACUGUGGCCAACUACACCCCCGUCAUGAACUGGUCCAGCCACCGGGCCCUGGAUGUGCGGAGCAUCCUGGGAGACAAGCCAGCCGCCCCCCUUCUGCAGCAGCCCCCGACGCCCGACCACCUGCACCCCAAGAUUGAGAUCAUAAAAAAGGCGCUGCCGCCACCGCAAGAGGUCCGCCCGGUGGAGCCGGAGCUGGAGAGGAGGUCGGAGUUCGUGGUGGCCAACGUGGUGGUCCAGGAGCCCGGCCGCGACCUGUUCAGCGGGGAGCUCUCGCGCGACACCCGGGGCAGCCGAUCCGACCCGCAGAUGGACCGCUACCAGCGGGAGCGAGAGCGGCGGCUCGGGCGGCAGACCUCCAGCGAGCAGGAGAUCAAGGCCCGCUGGGAGGAGCUCCCCCUGGAGGUGCGGGAGCAUCGCUACAGGCGCCGGAUGGAGAGGCAGACGUCCAGCGAACAGGAGGGCCAGACGCUGGAGGGCAGCCGGAAAUCCAGCGAGCAGGACACGACCAGGGAGAGCUCCGACAAGCGCUCGGGAGGUGAGAAGCGGUCGACUAUGGCGGAAAUCGUGGAACAGCUCCAGGAGAGGGAGGCUGCACAAGCCCGUGGGGAGACGCCGCGUCUGUCCAAUGGCAUACUGGACCGCGUUACCCGACCUGACCGGCCGCGAGCUCGGGACCGGCCCAAACCACGCAGGAGACCCCGGCCCAAAGAGCCCACGGAGAGCCGGAGGUCCCGCUCCGCCCCUGCCAAGGGCAGCCCAGCUGUCCCCCAGCCCCCCACACACACCACCCAGCACGAGGGCUUCCUCUUCCGCAAGCACGACAUGGAGAGUCAGAAGAAGAGCACCAACAGCAGGUCCUGGGUGAACCUGUACUGCGUGCUGUCCAAGGGGGAGCUCGGCUUCUACAAGGAUGCCAAGAACACCACCACACCUUACAACAGCGAGCCGCUGCUCAACCUGAGCAGCUGCACCUGCGACGUCACCAACGGCUACAAGAAGAAGAAGAACGUCUUCACCCUCAAAACAACAGAGGGGAAUGAGUUUCUUUUCCAUGCAAAGGAUGAGGAGGACUUGAAGACAUGGGUCUCAAGCAUCACAGCCAGCAUAGCAGAGCAUGAGGAGAUCGCCAAAUGGGGGAAGCCCCAGGCCGCCACUUCCUCUACUGAUGAAGGCACACGGAGGGAUGGCGACAAGUCCGAAAAGGCAGAGAAAUCAGACCGAGGCGAGGCGCCGGAAGAGAGCGAGAAGCCGAAGAAAGCAGAAAAGGCGGAGAAGGCAGAAAAGGCGGAGAAGGUGGAGAAAGCGGAGAAGGCAGAGAAGGCAGAGAAGGCGGAGAGGGCGGAGAGGGCGGAGAGGGCGGAGAGGGCAGAAAAGGCGGAGAAAUCGGACAGACACUCCAGCGCGUCGGGGAAGACCAAAUGAGUGCAGGUGCCGAGAAAGUGAAUGCUGAGCAAACUUUGAGUGAAACUUCCCUUCACCAAUUACAGAUCCAGAUGGUGAAAAAAGGAAAGAAACCGUGGAAACCAUAAGUCACUGACCGGGGAUGGGUGCACACAUACGCACCCUCUCCAUCUCUAUUGCCCCCUUAUCUCUUUCUAAGACUCAGAGAGCCAGCAUCAGCUCCUGUUUCCCUGACUGCGUGUGCUUCUGUCCGGGAUAGCCGAAGGUCACAUAGUGACCUGCGAGGCAGUGUUCCACGGCCAGACAGUUUCCUGAGGGCAUUUAGGUUAAGAUUAGGUUAAAGAAGCCCAUCAAUGGUUUUCCUUUUUAAAUUAACAUAUUUAACUGUACCUAUUUACCCAUCUGUCUGUCCGCAUAUCUGCUGAUCUGUUUGGACAUGGUAAUGGACAUUGUAAUUUAUCUGAGCAAAAGCGAAUGAAAUAUGGCAAAAUAUUUUAAAGAGCUAGCAUUUUUUGAAGGCUUUUUUCUAUUUGUCUGUCUCUCUUUCAUUUUAUUUUUGCUUCUCUUUCUCUUUUGGAUGGUUAGUUACUUGCUACCCUCCACCCACCUGCCCUUGCGUUAUUCCUCUGUACUUUUACAUAAGGGCUUUAUCCCUCCAAUGUCCUUAGAAAGUGGAGAGGACUUUGCUCAGAGAUCAAGAUGUCACUGGCAUGAGAUUCGGAACUUUUAUUUGGGAGUGAAUCAGGAUGUGUUUGAGCAAAGGACAGUGGGCAGAAAUGUGAGGAGAUCCUAAGGCAACCCGUAAGCUACCUCUCCGAGGUGAGGUAAUUUGGAACUAAUUUGGAACCAAUCAAUCCAUUUUUCUGCAUUCAUUAAUUGUCAUUUUCAAGGACAAACCUUCUCCAAAGGGAAAAGUUCAGGGUUAAAUAGUGCAGGUUUUUAUUUAAUUACCAUUUAGUUAAUUAUUUGUCAUUGAUUAAUGUGAGCUUUCUGUAGCCCCCAUCUACAAGGGAAUGGAAUCAGCAUGCUUGGUGCAUCAAAAAUAAUGCGCGCCUUUCUACAUUAUAACCAGAAAUCAAUCAGUUUUUCUGCUCUGUGUUACUCAAAGAUUACCCAGAAUUCAGAGGGAAAUAACAGUUCUCCAGGGUGUCUGAAAGAGGAUGGGAUAUUUUUCUAAUUAUUAUCAGGUGAAUUUUGAAAACUUAAAAGUAAAGUUUCAGAAAAAGGAUGCUGACUAUCCAUACGAUAAAACAGAAUGUUCAAAAAAUGUUUAUGUCUUUAAAUAAAGGCUUCUGCAAGAAUGUUUAGCAAUGUACAACUAUGGGCACAUAGUUUUCGUAUUCUGCAAGUUAGUUGUUAUGGGAUGAAAUGUUCUGCCCAGUAUAGAUAUGUAACCAUACAAGCCCUUGUAACCUUCUGCCGAUGCAUUCAUAGCUCAAAAGGAGAACUCAUCCAGAAGUAAAGUCCAAGCCUAACGCUGUGAUUAGCCAGAGUGUGAAAAAUACAGUGCCAACUUAAUGAGAACAAAGCCAAACUUAGUUUCCACAGUUACUGCCAAGCACAGGCAGCACUGCAGAGAGGAAAUUCAUAGCAUCUGAUAAUCUGAUCCUGAUCAUGCUGCUUUUUCAUUCCAUUGCAUUAUUAUACAAAUAUCCACUAAUGUUGGCCACAGAAUAAACACAGAAUAUUCUCAGAUGCUCUUACAGGGGUAGCAAAUGGAGAGCUGGAGAUGUUUCUGCUUUUUCUUCCAUCCCACCGAUCACAAUAUCAGAUGCAUUUUCACCCUGAAUUAACACAGGUGGCCUCAAGCUAGAGGUGAUUCAUAUUCCAUACAGUGCACGUGGCCACCCUUAUUAAUUUAGUGCAAUAAUUGAUCCAGUCAUGUAAUUAAGAGUUUGUAUAGAAUAAAAAAAAGAAAAAUCCUAAUCACUCUAUGAUUGCCUACAU